AUGAGUUCCAGAGUGAUUUUUAUUGGCUCUCCAGUAAGUUCUGGUAAAAAUUAUAGAAAAUUAUUCUCAGUAAGUGUGUGGGAUCUUUAUUUUCGAAUAUUCGCCUCGUUUAUGCCCCCAUUUGGGGCCAAAUAUAGGAGAGUGUAUGUGGACCUGAUAGGGCCCUUAUUGGCAUGGAUCUCUUUAACUGUUUUGCUCACUUAUGGAAAUUUGUUUAAAAACAACACAUUGUCUCCAGUGAAAGUUAUGAUUAUUUAUGGAGGUUUUAUGCCAGUGUUUUGCUAUGGUUUAGCUAAAUUGGGUAAGUCGGGUAUAAGUUUCUUGGAAAAUUUAUCACUAGUUGGGUACUCUCUCUAUGGACACUUAUACACUUUACUGAUUUCUUUUGUGUUAUUUCGUGAGAGUAGUAAUUCCUUUUUUUUCUUGUCAAUGAUUGUUUUCGGAGGUUUGAGCUCUUUGAGGUUAAUUUUGGUUUUUUUGAAAACUAUACCAGUGCCAGGGGUUCGGCUGUUAGUUUGUAGCAGUAUAGCUUUAGUGAAUAUUUUAUUUUUGAUUUACUUACAUUUCUCUUUUAUGCAUAGAAAUGUUUCUUGAGUGUAAUAAAGUGAUUCGAGUUUGAAGAAG